AUGUGCCAACAUCCGGGGCUGCGUACGGAGCAGUUUCAAUUCGUCCACAAAUACCUCAUCACUUACCUCAUGAUUCACGAGGGGCAGUUAACCGCUGGGGGCUCGAAGAAAAUCCUUUCUCGCGAUGCUAGUCACUUCUACGGCGCAACGCGACCUGACAGGAUGACAAACACCACCUACCCGAACGUCUUCCGACCUAAGUCCGCCCCACCGACGCCUUGCUUCAACCUGACCGAUGCUGAGACGUAA